AUUUGACCAGCAGGAAAAGGCCUGCCUGGCCUCUGGCCGGUGUCCAAUGAAGCAGUACCUCUCUGUGUUUGAUUCCCUCAUCUGCUAGAUCCCUUAUGUUCCCCCAGAACUUCCAUUCCUUGGAUAGUGUUAAUUAUGGUCCUUCUACAGCUGAAAAGAAACAGGAAUCAGGGAAAGAGAGGGAAAGACCUCUAGUCUUGGUGUGGCCUGGUUGUGCAAAAGCUGUGAGUACUUACAAAGAGAGAUGGUGUGGAAAAGCUUUUCAGUCUAGGAAAAGACGUUUCCCGGCAGAAUGCCCAAAAUGGCAGACUGCAUUCUCUACCAGGUGUUCCUGGAAUGGAAAUGACACUAGGGUAUCUUCCACUUGAGCAAAAAAAAGAAUGGACAAGAUGACAACUGCCAGAGGAUAUUCAGUGACCAGUGAUAAAGUAUGUGAACGGACCCAGCUAUUCUAAGAGGCAGCUGUUCUUUAUUAAUAUAGGCAGAGAAACCAAGGUGCAAUGUUAGACACUUGUCCAUGUCCAUGCAGUGCGGUGAAGCCAAGUUUGUGACAUUUCUACAAGUCCCGUCUCCUCCCAAAGGUGACCAAGCCUGCCCCACCCGUUAUCCAGACGUGCCCAGACCUGUAGUUGCUGCCCAGGGAGCUAAGACUCCUCCCCAAACAAACUUGACUUUGUAGACCAAAUAAAUCCACCCUUGCUGCCUCUAGCUUUGUUUCAUCCUUUCCUUUCCCUGCUUUGUCCUAUCUCCUGCAGGUGUUAGCUGGUAUCAGGAAAGGGGUCCCAUUCAUGGCUUCCUACUCCGGGGAGCCAGGGCUCCUACCCUGUGGGUCCUGUGACAUGGUUUUCCGUUCCUGGGCCCUGUUGGCCACCCAUACUCGGCGAUUCUGCAUCGGCCGUCUGACCCAGGAGGUGACUCUAGGAGCAAAUCCUUCAAAAUCCACUGAACCACGGGACCUCAAGGUAAGGACAUUGCCCUUGGAUAUGCGUGGGUAUUCCAGCGACCCUGAGCCUCAGGAUUUCUCCCCACACUGUGCCCAGGUUGUGCCACAAGAACUCCAGGGCUUCCCAGACCAGGAGGCCAGCAAAUUGGCUCUCAAAAGGCUAACAGAGGAGGUGCAGUGCCUGCGGCUGUAUAUCCAGGAAAUGCGGCCCUGGAUAACAGAGAUCCCCAGGCAGUCAAAGGGGCCUUGGAGGCGCACAGAGGCGCCUACUCGGGGCCCCACAUCCCUCGCUGCUAGGAGCCCGGGCGAGCGGCUGCGGGCUCUGCAUGGGACUCACGCUAGGCGCGUGGCGGAGACUAACGCACAUAGUCGGGCCCUGGAGCGACUCGGCGAAGAACUGACCCAGCGCCUCCAAGGUUUGGCCAAGACACGGGCCGGGAUAUCACGCCUCUCUGGCCUGGAGCGGGACCUUCGGGAACUCCGGGCAGAGGCUGGAAGAACGCGGGGAGCUCUAGAGGCCUUAGGGGUGCACGUGCAGCAGCUACCGGCCAAGUCCGGGACCCAGCUAGACGCCUUGCGAGAGGCAGAACUCUGUUGUCCAGUGCUGCAAGCCAAUCCAGGGACUUUGACUGCCGAGAUCGGGGUCCUGCGUGAGGUCUACAUUCGAGGUGGGGGCCGGGACCCUGGCAUUCUGGGCCAGAUAAGUCGGUUGCAAGUGGAGGCGUCAGCCCUGGAACUGCAGCGGUUGCGGACUCGCAGGGGACGACCGACAGAUCCCGCCUUGAGGGAGGUUCUAGUAGUGGAGGCUGAAAACCGACGCCUGGAGGAAGAAAUCCUGGCCUUGCAGAUGCAGAGGGGCUCAGGCCGGACACCCUGGGGAUCCGGGGAGUUUCGACUCGUGGCCGUUCCCAGCCCAUGCCUGAGGAGGGGAGAUCACCCACGCCUCCCACCGCGGGUGGCUCCCCCGCUACCGCCACUUCCACACUCAAGCGUUCCAUUCUUGGAUGGUACAGAAAAGGCUCCCCAUCUAACUGGAACUAUGACCAGGAACCUGGACCCGGAUCCACAUACCCUCUUGCCCACAUCUGAUGUUCUGGGCCCUGCACCCUACGACCCUGGGGCUGGCCUGGUCAUUUUUUAUGACUUCCUUCGGGGCCUUGAUGCUUCUUGGAUCUGGGUGCAACUAAUUACUGGCUUGGCCCGAGAUGGACAGGAUACAGGAAGGACCACAGCAUUGCCCCCAGCCCUUUGCUUGCCCCCGCCUCCAGCUCCUGGGCCCAUGGGCACCUGUGCCAUCCUUGCCCGCAGACAGCCUGUACCCAGACUGCUACCCUCACCAUCAGUAUCCUUAGUCUGUGAGCUACAGGUGUGGCAGGGGCUGGCGUGGGCUGGGGCACCACAGCCAAAGGCUUGGGCCUCACUGGUACUGUUUGACCGGCAUCAGAGGGUACUAAGUGGCCACUGGCGUCUCCCACUUCGGGCCCUUCCUCGGGACCUCAGCCUUUGCCUUGGGCAGCUGAAUGGGAUUCCUCAGGUAGGUCAGGCUGAGCUCUUUCUGCGGCUGGUGAAUGCAAGAGAUGCAGGUGUCCAGACCCUGGCAGAGGUCAAUCCAGCAAAUGCCCACAAGUACCAGUACCCACCUCCGCUGUCCAGCUCUUCAUUGGCAACCAGUUCAUUUGCCCCCACAGCUUGCUUCGUUGACCCUCCUCCUCCUCCUGCAGGAGAGCCCUUCAGUGAGAGUCAAGAAUAGAGAUGAGGAUGUGGGCCCUCACCGCAGCUCUGAUCCACCCCCACUGGCUCAAACCAGAAUGUAGGUAACAACAUGCAUAGGACUACGCUUACAUUGAUUGAUGCUAUUGCCAGACCUGCAGCUUUACUGAAUACUGAGUAUUCUGACAGAGGGUCUGUAAGGAAAUAGCCCUUACGAGCACAAUAGAGCACCAACCCAGACAGCUUUCCCACCUUCCACAAGUCCUUGGCCUUUCUUUACCUGCUUCCUUUUUGUAAGACACUUGUGAUGUAUUAGAAGAGUGUCAGGUAUUCCCAACAAUGCCUGGAAUAUAGGAAGUUCUUUGAAAAAUGACUAGGGGGUGCUCUAAGGUAAAGGACCUCGAUAAACUCAUUCCCAUCUUUUGAUAAGGCCCACCUUACUGAGGCCAUGUCUUUGAGUGACUGCCAUUCACAUCCAAGCUUCCUGAGGACAUCCUCUCAAGGUCCCCAUAAAUAAGGAGUUCCUGUAGCCUUAGGUACUUAGAAAUUCCAGGACCCAGCCCCAGCCCCAACCCAGUAACAUUCAUGCCAAAGGGGGAGGUUCACAUCUAGCUGAAAUUUGAUGUGGGCCUGGCCCCAGUCCCAUUUCAAUCAAAGGAGGUCAGAGGCCUGAGAGUCAAGAAUGUCAUGACUGUAAUGACCUGACCCAACAAAAACCUCAGGACUUCUGAAACGCCCAAUACAAGGGAUUUUCAGGAAAUACAAAGCCAAAAAUUCUACCUAGCCACAGGUUACCAGCCCAAGGAAGCUCCAGCCAUCCUCUUUCGUAUUUAGAGAACAAAUAUAAACUCUGAAAAAUACAGCUGACUUGGGGGUCAGGUCAGCAGAACUCUUCUGCCUCUGAUACUAGAUGUUCAAACAGCAGGUUCUAACCUCCUGUCUGUCCUAUACUAUACAGCAAAGUAACUCUGUGGGUAUAUUAUUAAAUUUCCUUAAGUAGUGUAGGGAAGUAGUUUGGAAUUUGGGUCCAAAUAGUACCUAGUAAUACCUGGUGCACAGCAAGUUCUUAAACUAAGGGUCAAGUCAAAGGCAGCUCAGUCAGGGCCUCACACUAGCCCUGCACCCUGGACAUCAAUCCAUCAGGGCCCAACAGGAUAGACCAGUGUCCUGAGUACCAGCACCACUGACUAGGCAGCUGGAAUUCAGGGGCCAGUUUCUACCUUUCAACCCCACAUUCCACACCUGAAAUGCUCCAGGCAGUCUAGAAUCUUACUGUAAGACCUUAAACACAAGUCCAAACCAGGAGUUUUUUAGCAUCUUUAUUUAAGUCAAAACUGCAGACAGGGUAACAAUUCAAAUGUUGAUAUAUUUCAACCUUUCUGUACAGAGAACAAAUGUAAGCCAGUUUCCCCACAGAAAUUUCCAACAACAUCCAAAAUGUUGUUGGCCAUCAUCAACAAUCAGUCCAUUAGCCACUUUCAAGCCAGAAAGCUCAAUUCUCUACAAUUAGCAUACCAGUUUUCCUCAAGGAUUUCCCCUGGCCCCACUAAGUUUUCUUUAGAGUUCUUUCCCCUAGACAGGAUUAUGGCCCCAGUUAAGACUAGGUGGAUAAAAGAAGUACCACUGGUGUGCAAGG